AAGACUGUGGGGCUUGCCCCGGCUUCCUCCAAUGAGAGGGGUGGUGUCCAUCGGGAACGAUCUCGCUUCGUUGAGACGGGAACCUUGAUCCUUCCGCGUCUGCGUCGUGAUUGACGAUUCUGUCAAAGUAUCAAACAUCGAUGCUAUGAGGCACGGCGGAGCGUGGCGAGCGAUUGGGUCUUCUACUUUGAUCUUUAGUUGUAGUGGAGGUAUCACAGGGCGUCAGGCGCCUGACUCUACCUACUGCAAUGGCUUCUACGGAGUACAGCCUACCUGCAGAGAUGGCCCGCACCUAGGGAUAGGCAAGAAAGCUGCGACUGCGAGGCAGCACGCAUCUUGGCCUCUUGCUUGGGCCAUAAGACUUUUCGUUUAGGCCGCACCUAAUUCUAAUUUCUAGCGCCUACAUCGUCAGACGUU